CCGCCCUGGGAGCCCGUCGCGGGUGCGACGUUUUGACGUGUGAAGGGGCGGGGCGGACGGCAGGCAUCAUGGUGGAGUCCAGCUGAGGGCGCGGGCUGGGAGAUACUUUAUUCAAGAGAACUUAAGACACGUUGCAUAAAUCAAGAUGCCUGCUGCUUGUGAUUCACUGCUUGAAGAUAUUGAGGAUAUUGUGUCAGCACAAGAUGUGAAACCACAUGACCGACAGUUUGCACGAAAAAAUGUUGUUCCUAAAGUGCGAAAACGCAGUUCACAAAAAAAUGUUCAGGCAGAUGAUGAUCCACCAAGCGAUAGCAUUAUUCCCGGUGCGCAAAAAAUUUGGAUACGCACAUGGGGAUGUUCUCAUAAUAAUUCAGAUGGAGAAUACAUGGCUGGACAGUUGGCUUCUUAUGGGUACAAAAUUACAGACAAUGCCGCAGAAGCAGACUUGUGGCUUCUUAACAGUUGCACGGUAAAAAGCCCAGCUGAAGACCACUUCAGAAACUCAAUUAAGAAAGCCCAAGAAGACGACAAGAAAGUGGUUCUAGCUGGAUGUGUUCCACAAGCCCAGCCUCGUCAAGAUUACCUCAAAGGUCUGAGCAUUAUAGGGGUUCAGCAAAUAGAUCGUGUAGUAGAAGUUGUGGAGGAAACUAUUAAAGGUCACUCUGUGAGACUGCUGGGUCAGAAAAAAGAUAAUGGAAAACGGUUGGGGGGAGCUCGAUUGGAUUUGCCAAAGAUUAGGAAGAACCCACUGAUAGAAAUCAUUUCCAUCAAUACCGGGUGUCUCAAUGCAUGUACCUACUGCAAAACCAAGCAUGCCAGAGGAGACCUAGCAAGUUAUCCAGUUGAAGAACUAGUGGACAGAGCCAAACAGUCUUUUCAAGAGGGUGUUUGUGAGAUAUGGCUGACCAGUGAAGACACAGGGGCUUAUGGCAGAGACAUUGGCACAGACCUUCCUACACUUCUGUGGAAGCUGGUUGAAGUUAUUCCUGAGGGAGCUAUGCUGAGACUUGGCAUGACAAAUCCUCCCUAUAUUUUAGAGCAUCUGGAGGAAAUGGCAAAGAUUCUCAAUCAUCCAAGAGUAUAUGCUUUUCUUCACAUACCAGUCCAAUCUGCUUCUGACAGCAUACUCAUGGACAUGAAAAGAGAAUACUGUGUGGAAGACUUCAAACGGGUCGUGGAUUUCCUUAAAGAAAAAGUGCCUGGAAUAACAAUUGCUACAGACAUCAUCUGUGGUUUUCCAGGGGAGACAGAUGAAGAUUUUCAAGACACCAUGAAACUUGUAGAAGAGUACAGGUUUCCAAGCCUCUUUAUUAAUCAGUUUUACCCACGUCCAGGGACUCCUGCUGCAAAAAUGCAUCAGGUUCCAGCCCUAGUGAAAAAGCAAAGAACUAAGGAUCUAUCCCAACUUUUUCAUUCAUACAAUCCUUAUGAUCCUAAGGUUGGCGAGAGACAGAGAGUUCUAGUAACAGAAGAAUCUUUUGAUUCCCAGUUUUAUGUUGCUCACAAUCAGUUCUACGAGCAGGUUCUCGUGCCAAAGAACCCUGAAUUCAUGGGUAAAAUGGUAGAAGUGGACAUUUAUGAAGCAGGGAAACAUUUUAUGAAGGGGCGGCCAGUGUCAGAUGCCAAUGUGUUCACUCCAUCCAUCACCAGACCGCUAGCAAAAGGACAGGUUUCCGGUAUAACAGAGGAGUUCAGAUAUGUGCUGGAAAAUGGCUUGAAUUUGAAAGCAUGCCCUUCUGCUGGAAUCCGAGAAAAAGCAUCACUGAGUUCCAGGAAGGUGAUGCAACUUCCUUGGCAGCAAGAAGGAGGUGGACUGAAGAUGCUGUCUGUCAGCCUGGCUUUACUGGCAAUUCUUGUUACUUUUUAUUAUGGAGGUGUUUAAAUAGAACACUGAACUGAAUGAAGCUUUUGUGAACAAAAAUAAAGUGCUGAUUAAAAUCUUCAGAGGAAAUCUAUUUAAAAAACAGAUGUAAACUGAGCAAUAAUUUGUACUCACCCUAAGCCUUUCCUUUCAUCCACAGUUUAAGUGAGAUGCAUCCUGCCCCUAUUUGCAUGCUGUGGUUAUUUUAUCAAGAGCAGGAAAAUGGGUUGUCACAUCAGACUUUUUCUCUUGUAGAUUUUUUUUCUUUUUAAAGAAAAAGCAGGUGUUUGCUUAUUUGUCUUUUACGUAGCUGCAGGUAAAUGCAUAUGUAGGAAACCCAUUAAAUUGUUAAGGAAUGUUUUCUCUGAAGAAGUAUUGAUCUUGGGAUGCUGAGCAUUUGAAGCUGCCUUAAACCUUUUUCUUGAUGCUUGUCUUUGUAUAUUAAAAUCAAAUAUUCAGUAGUAGAACUGUUCGACCAUUGCAGUUUGUCAUCUGUCACCGCUGGUGUGUCAGCCAUGUCUGAAGUAAUUUUUGGCCUACAACAAAGAAACAUCAGUAGCUCAGCCUCCUAACUAGGAACAUUAAAGAACAUACUCACUUUGUUCUAAAUAUAUGAAAAAAGAACUGUUACACAGAAAUAAUUUGAACACUUUUGUUUGUUAUUGUUGAGUGGGAAAUUCAUGAAUUUCUGUAAAAGGCAAAUUUAGUGGGAUCAGCAUAGGCCUGACCCAACGCCCAUUUAAAUCAAUGUGAAUCUUCCCGUUCUCUUCAGUGGGCAUUAGAUCAGGCCUUAUAUAAGUAAUGUGAGAAUACUUUGUUAUUGGGGAAAUAACAUUUCACAUACACCACAAAUUGUUGUUUGUUCUUUUUAACUCUAUUCUUUUCAAGGAGGUAGCAUUAUCUAGUGGAUAGAGCACUGGAUGUUUUCAGGAAGUCUCCGCUCCAUUCCCAGCUCUGCCAGUGAACCUGCUGCAUGACCUAGUUCAAGUCAGUUCCCUUCUCCGUGGCCUCACCCAAGCUGUCUAUCUUGUUUAAGCUCCUUGGGUCAGGGACAGUCUCUGAUUAUGUAUUUGUACAGUGCCUAGCACACGGGCCUCAGUCCUGGUUGAGUUCCUAGAUACUAAUGUAGUACAAAUAAAUAAUAACUUGAGUAAAAAUGUUGUGUACCUUUCAAAGAAACAUAAUUAAAGUGAGGAUUCAUAAUAGUUACAGAUAAUUAAACAGGAAGAUCCAUCAUUAGUCUUUCAGUAAGAAACAUGCUUAUCUUCAGAAAAUAUGAAUUUGUAAUGACUACAAACAAGAUCCAAGAUUGCCAAUUUCAAGGGCUUUAAAAUUGUGAGAGGUUUUUUUAUAAGUUGGAUUGUUAUUUGUUUUGCAGACUUGAGCCUCUUGAAAUUUUGAGCAGAUUUUGAGAUUUUGUUUCAGUGAAACGAGCUCUGUUCACCUUUUGAGGCUUUUCUCCACAACUAUGAGGGCUAGAAACUUACUUUAAAAAAAUGAAAGCUGAAAUUCUCACUGAAACACUUGAUUCCAGGAGCUGAGGCAUGCAGAAAAACACCAGAUAUUAUGAGAAUCACAAUAAAAUUGCAAGAGUAUUGCUAUCAUCAAUAAAUCAGGAAAAAUGUCAUCUUGUAGAAAUAAGAUAUACAAAUAAAUUCUACCCUCUACCCAC